AUGUAAUAAAAUAACAGCAAAUUGAUUGUUUUAAAAUAAAAUUAAGAAGCAAAGUUAGUAAAUGCAUUAUAUGAAAUGAUGUAUUUGAAUAAACAAUUAGAAGAAAGAAAAAUACAAUUAGAAUAACAUGAUGAUUUUGAUUUGAAUCAAUUUUAUUCAUUUUUUGAUACUUUUAAUCAAAAAAAAAUAACUAGAUUAGAUUUUGAACUUGGUUGUAUGUAAUUAGGAAUCAAAGCUAAAAAAUCAUAGAUUAAUUUAUUGUUUUAAAGAUUUUCUGAAGAUAAUUCAUUUCUUACAUAUUAAGAAUUCGUUAAUAUUAUUUCAUGUAGCAACGAUCCACUUGUAAGAAUUGUAGCAAAGAUUAGUGUAAGAACUAUGACUAAGUUUAAAGAAUUAAUUUCAUAAAUUCUCUUAACAGAGGAAAAAAUAUAAUUAGUGAAAGAAAGAUUAGCAGAAAAUUCUGAAUUUAGUUUAGAAUUAGCUUUUUUAUUUUUUGACAAAUUGAAAGUUGGAACAAUAACAAUAGAUGAAUUUAGAGAAGUAUUUGAAUAAUACAAUAUAUAAAUUACAAAUUAAGAAAUAGAAUCUCUAAUAUCUAUAUAUACUAAAAAAGAAUCAAGAGUUAGUUAUGGCAGCUUUAUUUCAGGAAUGAAUCCAAUAUAAUGA